CAAAAAAAUAAAAAAAAAAUGGUUUCUUUAAAACUCCAAAAAAGAUUAUCAGCAGCAGUUUUGAAAUGCGGUUAAAAAAGACUUUGGUUAGAUCCAAACGAAUCUUCUGAAAUUUCAAUGGCAAAUUCCAGAGCAAGCAUUAGAAAACUUAUAAAAGACGGUUUAGUUAUGAAGAGAUCAACAGUAAUUCAUUCUAGAUCAAGAGCAAGAAGACACUUAGAAGCCAAAAGAAAAGGAAGACAUACUGGACAUGGUAAAAGAAAAGGUUCAAGAAAUGCAAGAAUGCCUACUAAAGUACUUUGGAUUAGAAGAUAGAGAGUUUUGAGAAGACUUUUAAGAAAAUAUAGAGCAGCUAAAAAAAUUGAUAAGCAAUAAUAUCAUGAAUUUUAUUUAGGAUCUAAAGGUAACUUGUAUAAAAAUAAGACUGUACUUAUUGAAGCUAUACAUGUUUCAAAAGCUAAUAAGAUUAAAUCUGAUAAAUUAGCUGCUUAAUAAGACGCAAGAAGAGUUAAAAAUGCAGCCACUAGAGCAAAAAGAAAUCUUAAAGCAUAAAUUGUUCCUAAGAUGGAUGUUUGAAAGAGAAUUAUUUUUUAAUAUAUGCAAUUUAUUUUUCAUUUUAUUAUUUAAAUAUUAAAUAAUAAACUAUGUUUGUAUAUUUAUCUUUUAUUUAAAUAUAUUUCAUAAAAU